AUGCGUGGCUCAUUGUGGCAAGUGGACUUCAAUUGGUAUUGGUUCGCAUCCCUUCAACCCGCCUAUCCAUCCGACUGUCAUGCUAAGUUACUGAUGGCGGCGGCGGCGGCAAAGAUCUACACGUAG